AUGAAGAGAAGACUUAGGAGUAAAGGGGACAUUUUACAUCUUCGGUGUGCUUGUCACAUCAUAAAUCUGGUUGUGAGAGAUGGAAUCUAUGAGAUUGAGGAUCGGAUAGAGGCUAUUUGGCACUGUGUGAAGUUUAUCCGGUCUUCUUCAAGUAGACUUGAUAAAUUUAGGGAUUUUUCAGUGCUUGAACCGUUGAGCAACACUGCUAAUGUUCCCCUUUAUGUUAUAACUAGGUGGAACAGCACAUACUUAAUGUUGGCUGCAGCAUUAAAGUAUGAAAAAGUGUUUGAAAGGAUGGGUUAUGAAGAUGACGCUUUUAAGAAGUACUUCGACGAGACAGAUGCCAAAACUAAGAAGAAAAGGGCAGGUGCUCCUUCAUCACAAGAUUGGAGGAAUGCACAAGCUUUUGUGCAUUUUCUUGGGAAGUUUUACGAAGCAACCAUGAAAUUGAGCGCUUGGAAGAAAGUGACAGCACAUUUGCUAUUCUCUGAGUUGAUAGGGCUGCAAACAAAGAUUGAUAGCAAGAUGAAUGAUGAUAGAGACCCUAUUUUGCAAAGGGUGGCUUGUGGGAUGAAAGACAAGUUCGAUAAGUAUUGGGGUUCAUUUGAACAAAUGAACAAAAUCAUCGUCAUAGCCAAUGUUUUAGAUCCUAGGUGGAAACUGCAAUACCAAAAAAAGGCAUUUGCCAAAGUUGGUUCCUCACCGAUAAGAGUUGCAACAAUAACCAGUGAGUUAAAGGGGAUUUUAAUGAUGAUGUACGACGAAUAUAGGCGCAGUGAUGCAGCCUUUUCCCAAACCACACCCGUUGAUGGAAGUCAGCCAAUGGAGGAAGUUGAGUUUCAGGGUGUUGAUGGUGGACAAGCUGAAAUAUUGGCUGAUUUAAUGCAAGAAAGAAUGGAUGAACAAAAUGAGAUGAUCUCGAAUGAGGUUGACAAAUACUUGGCUGAUCGAUAUGUUCAUCCAUUGACACCGGGUUUCGAUGGGACAGCUUGGUGGAAAGUUAAUGCCAAUGCAUAUCUGGUACUUUCAAAGCUUGCAAAGGAUGUAUUUUCCAUCCCUUGCAGCACCGUCGCAAGUGAAAAUGCCUUCAGUUUGGGAAAAAGGGUGGUAGAUCCUUAUAGGAGUUCCCUAACACCUAAAAUGGUGGAAUGUUUGGUCUGCUCAAGUGAUUCGCUGAGGGAUACAACACCUAACUUCUACAAGGAACCAACUGUGGCUGAGCUAGAGUAG